AUGUCUGCAAGGAUCCGGUCCUCAUCAGGACUUCUGGCUUUCCGUCCUUCUGCAUUGAAAUCGAUAUCCAAGAGCCGAUUUCACACUACGGCUGCAAAAUUCAACUCUAGUACUUCUAGAGAAGGACAAAGGGAAGAAAAUACAAUUGAAGCACAAGAUGAACUAUCAAUUCUUCGCCAGAGAGAAUUCAACAAUCAUGUAGUCGAGUCUUUGAGAAAAUUAGCAAGAACUCCUGUGGAAGAGUUUGCUUUAAAGAAUGAAUUUAUCGAACCAUUAACUGAAAAGGAAAAGCAACUGGAUGAAGAGCUCACGUUGUUUCUGAAACAGUUUUCGCAGAAUAACAAAGUUAUCGAAGUAAAAAAUGAGAGCAAUAAUGUGAAGAGUUCAUCUACCUAUUCACAAACCAAGCUAUUUCCUUUCUUAGUUCCUUCUCCUAAGGAGAAACCCUAUUCAUCGCAAGAGUUAUUUCUCAGGCAAAUGAAGCAUGCCGCUGAAACGGCGAAGUUAGGUGCCAAUGUCGAAAACGUUUAUUUUCCUCAUUCUGACAUAUUCAACCCACCAACAGUCGAUAAGCUCUCAAUAUCCAAAUUGCUGGCUGCGGGUGUCCAUUUGGGACAGUCAACAUCUUUAUGGAGGCCUUCGACUCAGCCAUUCAUUUAUGGUAAGUACAAGGGAAUUCACAUCAUUGACUUAAACAAAACUUUGGUUCACUUAAAGAGGGCUGCCAAAGUUGUAGAGGGCGUGGCUGCGAGAGGUGGUAUCAUAUUAUUUCUAGGUACUAGAGAAGGUCAGAGAAGGGCUUUGCAAGAGGCUGCGCAGAGAACACAUGGAUUCUACGUGUCUUCAAGAUGGAUUCCUGGAACCUUAACAAAUCCCACGGAGAUAUCAAGUGUUUGGGAGAGACAUGAGGUGAACUUCGCUGAUCAGCCGACAGGUAGAUCACUCACACCUGACGAAGAAGUGAGUAUUGUGAAGCCUGACCUUUUAAUCGUUCUCAACCCAACAGAAAAUAGAAAUGCAUUGAGAGAGGCCAUGCAAGCAAGAGUACCAACAAUUGGUAUAAUUGAUACAGAUUCUGAACCAUCCCUGGUAACAUAUCCUAUUCCAGGCAAUGAUGAUUCUCUUCGCUCUGUUAACUUAAUAGUCAGUAUUCUAGCGAGGUCUGGAGAAGUUGGCUUGCAGACCCGCUUAAGUCAAAUAGCCUCCCAAUGA